AUGUCGCUCACCGACGAAGAGCUUGAGCGUCUCGCCAGGGAGGAGAUACUGCGUGAAACGAAACGCGGCGCCGAGCGGGCGAAGGACCACGGCGCCUACGGUUGGCAAAAGCCCCGCAUCCAUCCGACCAACAAGAAUUUCCUCAAGAACACGCUCCUCAGCACCCUAGUUGGUAGGAGGAGAGAUAACGCGAAUAGAGAGCCUGUGCGAUUGCCCAAGGAGCACAGCCGCCCAGUGGGCAGUCACGGCAAGUCGACCACGUUUUCUGAUGACCUCGCGAACAAGCAGUCACCGGACCGAAAGGACGAGCGGAAGAUCGCUGCUGAUAAAAGUGACAGGAAAAGGACACACGAUGGUGUUCGAAAAAAGAAGCAGUGA